AUGACAGAAAACACGACAGCAAUUUCUGCGCAAGACGACGUUUAUGAUGAUUUCGAAAAUCAUUAUAUUGAUCCGGUUGAGAUUGUCUCGAGUUGUAUAUUCAUUUUAAUUGGUUUACUCACCGAUGCCAUUUACUUUCGAUUACUUCACUAUCACUGGAGAAACGGCACAAAAACUCACUAUCAGAAAAUUUUUUUGAUUUGUAUCACUAAUGAUAUUUCUCUCCAUUAUACAAUGCUGAUUCGAAUACGUCUGCCAACUUGGGGAGUGCAUGAAUGGUAUCGAUACAUCAUGACUGGUUUCUUCCCUCUUAUACUUGCCUAUUUGAAUGGUGUAUUUAUGGAGAUUCAAGUUCUUGGCACAUUUCUUAUCGCCAGCAAUCGAGCCACGGCCGUCGCCUUUCCUCGUGGAUACGAAAAGGUUCAUAGGGAU